AUGGCGGGAAAAGUCACCUAUUCAAAGCGCCCGAGCAAGCGCCACGUACCUCACGACCAUGAUGCAGUGCAUGAGAACGACGAUGGCCGCAAGCGGACCAAGGCAGAUACCGAGUCAAAUGAAUCGCGACUGCCAACACCACCCUCAAGCCGACAGGGGAAAAAGACAUGGUUCAAAGGCCCAAUUUCCGUCCCCAACGACGAUAUGUAUCCCCCACGCUCUGUGUUCGACAAAGUACUUGGAAACAAGCAGCACCAAGCCCCGAGACCAGAUGAGAGCAGUGUUCGGAGCAACCGUGAGAAUUAUGCAGAGAUCAUGAAGACGGAACAAGUAUCAAGAAAGCAAAAUGGCUGGGAAAGGAACGGCUCUCUACCAACGCCACCAGCGGAGACGCAGAGAAAAGCUCACCAACAGGCGCAGAGAGAUGAAGAUCUCGCGCGGUGCAAGGGUGAAUCGAAGCUGAAGACAUCAUCUACGCCACCAACCGAGACAUCGCAGCUCUUCGAACGGAUCAUCAAGAAUGAGCAACCAAGAGAACCAUAUCAGCCAAAGGCAUACAAGGCUGAGGUGGUUGCAGCACCGCGGCGGACUACCACGGGAGAGCGCCUAUCAAGAGUCUCAGAGCAAGCCCAGAAGUGUACGUCUUGUUCAGUUCCGCUGGUCUACAAGAAGGCUUCACUUUUGGCCAAAGACCCGAAGACCGGCCAGGAAGUACCCUGGGAUCCAAACCCUGAAGCAACCUGGAUAGAUGGAUCAGUAGACAACGAUCUGCCCAUGACCCGGCUAGCAGAAAUGUUCAACGUGAAUCACUUUAUUGUCUCGCAAGUCAACCCGCACGUUGUCCCCUUUCUGGCAAAAGAAGAGGAGAUUGUCGCUGCAGAAGCUCAACAGGAUGCCGUCACCGGUUCCAGCUGGAUGAGUCUUUCGGCUAGUCUUUGCAAGGGAGAGGUCAUGCACCGCCUCCAACAGCUAGCGGAUACUGGGUUUCUCCCAAACCUCGUAACAAAAGGACGGUCGGUUCUCAGCCAGCGAUACUCAGGCGACAUCAACAUCUUCCCCAAAAUUAACUAUGCGGACUUUCCCAGAGUCUUGAGUAACCCUACACCGGAGUACAUGGCUGGGUGCAUGCUCACUGGACAGCGAGCCACAUGGCCGAAGCUCUCGCGCAUACAGAACCAUGUCGCCAUCGAGCUUGCGCUGGACGAUACAAUCCAGAAGCUUAAGGGACGACUUGUGUUCACACCACAGCAAGAUUUGAAUAUCAGGCGGACUAGCUCUCAAGACAACGAUCUUGCUCAAAGAAAGCGGGCGAAAUCGACACAUAAGAUGACGCGCUUCGAACUCAGAACGGAACCUCCCAGUCCGGUGCUGCGGAAGUCUGCCCCUACCAGUCCUCUAUUGUCUCGCGCAGCAUUCAAAGCAUCUUCUCAACCACUUUCGGUCUCGAAGCAAAGCCCCGGCCCAAUCCAGCUCGACCCAAUGUCCUCCACCAAUGACACCUCAGACCACGACUACUUCGCCGACCCUGAGUCAGACACGACAGACGGACUCUCCUCCCCUUCACCCCCCACAUCGCCCACAUUCAACACUCCCACUCUCUGGCCCUCAACCCCGCAAGCCACCAUGCAAGCGCAAACCACCUCACAGCCCACACCACCACCACCUACUCAAAGUCCACUUAGUCGUCGCACCGGCACAAUGCUCAACCUGACCAUGACGUCUGCUGCGAGACAUUCUUCCAACCCCAAUGUACCUAGCUCCCCGGAGCUGCGGUAUAAACGCCUUUUUCAUCCUCCUGGGCCUGCUACACCGGAUGUUAGUGUUGGUCCUCCGGUUUUGGAUGUUGAACCGGUACCCAUGAACACGACACGUUCGCCGUCGGUUAGUAGGCCUGGGAGUCGGCGGGGCAGUGGAGCGGGAUUGGGUUUGCCGGUUGACCCUUCGGGGACAAGGGCAAUGCUGUUGAGGAAGAAGAGCUACAUGUAA